GUCGUAUAUCUCAAGUCAUAAUCUCCUAUAAAUUGUGGAUCACAGCCUCUAGCCAAAAAAAAAACACCAAAUUUCUUCACUAUCUAAGCUUCGAAAACUGAAUUUGCAAUGUCGCAAGAAAAGAAAGUGGUCGAAAGAGUUUCCGGUUGGCUCAGAGUGUUCGACGAUGGCUCGGUGGACCGGACCUGGACCGGACCGCCCGAGGUCAAGUUCAUGAUGGACCCGGUUCCGCCGCACGACGACUUCAUAGACGGCGUCGCCGUCGCCGACGCCACCACCGACGCCGGCCUCAAAAUCCGUAUCUACUCCCCCGAAAGACGAGACGCCGACCCCAAAAAACUCCCCGUCCUCGUCCACUUCCACGGCGGCGGCUUCUGCCUCAGCGACGCCGACUGGCACAUGUACUACACCGUCUACACGCGCCUCUCGCGUGAGGCACGCGCCAUCGUGGUGUCGCCCUACCUCCGCCAGGCCCCCGAGCACCGCCUCCCCGCCGCGUGCGACGAUGGCUUCGCCGCCCUCGUGUGGCUGAGCUCCGUCGCCCGGGGCGGGGCCGGGCACCCCUGGCUCGACGGCGCCGCCGACUUCGGCAGGGUGUUCCUGAUCGGCGACAGCUCCGGCGGCAACAUAGUCCACCAGGUGGCGGCGCGUGCUGGCGACGAGGACCUGAGCCCGCUGAAGCUGGCCGGCGCGGUGCCGAUCCACACGGAUUUCUGCCGCACGCAGCGGAGCAAGUCGGAGAUGGAGAAGGCGGAGACGCCGUUCCUGACGCCGGAGAUGAUGGACAAGCUGUUCGCGAUGGCGCUGCCGGAGGGGGCGACGAAGGAGCACCCGAUCACGUGCCCGAUGGGGGAGGCGGCGGCGCCGCUGGAGACGCUGAAGCUGCCGCCGUAUCUAUACUGCAUGGCGGAUCACGAUUUGGUGAGAGAUAGGGAGUUGGAGUUCUAUGAGGCGAUGAAGAAGGCUGGUAAAGAGGUGGAGCUGUUGACCAGCCACGACGUCGGCCAUAGCUUCUACCUCAACAAGAUCGCCGUCGAUUGCAACCCCAAAGUGGCGGAGGAGACUAACAAACUGUUUCAAGGGAUAAUACACUUCAUCAACAACCAUUAAUUGACUUUUCUUAAUUAUGUGUCUUUUUCUUUUUCUUUUUGAGUGUUUUUUUAGUGUGUGUGUGUGUGUGUUUUUAAUAUAUCUGCAUUAAUUUGGUGUUGAUUGUUGAAGAAAUUAAGAAGGAUGUUCGUUGUAAUGCAUGCAGGUGUGAGAGCAUGCAUAUAUGAAACUACUUAUUGUGAUUCUAAUGUUUUUAGAAUUGAUGGUAUGUGUAUGUAUAGCAAUAUUAUCUUAUUUCAUAA